AUGUUUCCAAUAAUGAAAUCUUGUUGUCCAGCUUGGGAAAAACCAGGACUUGCUCAAUACUUGCUUGCAUUUGUUUGCCAAGCAGUUCUUUUCUGGGGAAUACUCUCAACUAUUGAAUCUGGUAAAUUUAAUAUUAAAACUUUGAUUUCACAAUGGACAAACAAAACUGGCACAUACGACGUUGAUGACUUAGAUAGAGAUGAAGAUGUUCAACAAGAGGAAGCUCGAAUCAGAAAAGAAAAUACCAGUUCAUUGGCCAAAACAGAUUCAUUGAUAGUAAAAAACCUCAUUAAAAAGUAUGGAAACUUUACAGCAGUAAACAACAUUAGCUUUGGAGUAAAGCGAGGAGAAUGCUUUGGAAUACUCGGCAUUAACGGGGCCGGAAAAACUACUACGUUCCGUUGCAUUUGUGGUUCUGAAAAAAUUACCAGUGGAGAUAUUUAUGUAAACGGACCUAAUGGACUAAUCGAUGUUAAAAAACACAUGAGUCAAGUGUACAAAUCAAUUGGCUACUGUCCUCAAUUUUGUGGGCUUUUAGAUCAACUGACAGGAAGAGAAACAUUGCGGAUUGUAUCGCGAAUUAGAGGAAUUGACGAAAUGUUAAUUGAUAAACAAGUGAAUGCACUUGCUCAAAUACUUUUCUUUAGUAAACACAUUGAUAAACUUGUUUCAAGUUAUAGUGGUGGAACUAAACGAAAACUUAGUUUUGCUGUUUCAUGCAUUGGAACGCCGUUUAUAAUCUUCCUAGAUGAACCGACAACUGGUGUUGAUCCAAUAUCUCGACGAUGCCUUUGGACAGCAAUCUUAAGUUUGCGAGCAGCAGGAACAUCAUUAGCGUUAACAAGUCACAGCAUGGAUGAGAUUCAAAGUCUUUCUAAUCGCUUGUUUAUCAUGAUUGGCGGAAAAAUCGAAAUGGAUGAACAGAAUUUAACAACUGUCAGCAAUUAUCUUGUAGCCCGUUGGCCAGCUUGCACUAUUGAAUCCUCACAUAAUGGUUUACUUUCAUUUCGAUUGAAAACUACUGAUGUAAAACUAAGUGCACUUUUUGGCGAUAUUGAACGAUUGAAAAGUUCAAACACGUUACCAAUUGAAGAUUAUUCUAUAAGCCAAACUUCAUUAGAGCAAAUAUUUCUUUCAUUUGCACGUAAACAAAGAACUACAAUAUAA